UCUAUUCCAUUGGUCUAUGUGUCUGUUUUUGUGCCACGCUUUGGGGUUUAUAGUCUCAGAUGAUUCCGAUGUGAACCACUGACAUAACUAGAAAAUUAUGAGCAGUGAUUUUCUAAGCUCACUUAAUAACCUGCUUUGUGAACUGUGAUUUUCUAUUAUUCUAUUUUCCUCUUUGGAUAUUAGGUAACGGACCACAGUUUUCACGCUGAGACCUGUCCAAAGGGUCUUAGGGAGGUUUGUAUUCUCAUAGGGUGAAUCAUAUCAACUGCGGUUCCCUUUUUCAGGGCUGAGGGAGCAUGAGCCAUUUGCAGAACUUACUGUUAGAUACCCUCCUGGGAACAAAGCAUGUGGACAGUGCAGCCCUCAUCAAACUCCAGGAGCGAAGCUUGAGUGUAGCAUCACCAGGAUUUAGUGUAAUGCCCAGUGAUGUCCGAACUCUUGUGAAUGGAUUCGCCAAGAACCCUUUGCAAACCAGAAGAGAAGGACUGUAUUUCAAGGAAAAGGACUACAAAUGUGUCCGGGCAGAUGACUAUUCUCUUUAUGCUAAGAAUGAAAACACUGGUGUGGUUGUUGUGAAGACCCAUCUGUAUCUUCUAGUGGCAACUUACACUGAAGGCAUGUAUCCUAGUGUUUGUGUGGAAGCCACAGAGAAACUGGGAGAAUAUCUAAGAAGAAAAGGAAAUUAAGUCAUCAAAAGACCAUGAAAAACAGCUUUUGUUAUUAUAGGAAAUCAAUUCUAAAGAAAAAGUAAUGCCUUAUUUUGUGAUUGAAAAACACUAGGAAGAAGGUACCAAAAAGGAAGAAUGAGUUAAGGGAGCGAUGUUUCUUAUUUCAAGAGAUCCUCUUCUUUAAUUAGAAUUCUUUGAUAAGCUUUA